GGCAGUGAUGUUGGAGUCGCGGUGAGCAGCCGUAUGUCCACCUACUGCUUCCCGCAUGGCGGAUCCACGUAGAGAUGCGACGUACAAGAUGAGUGGUAGCACUGCUCGAACUGACACUUAGAGGACGCUAUAAUGCUCUGUUGGAGGGGCAGACACUGGUUUGCGACGAUGGUUUUCGCUUUCCACCGUUAUCGCCGAUCUUAUGUCCGGCCCAUGUCAUCCGCCGUCCCACGGCUUGGCUCUAUGCCUAUCGUUCUUAUAGGUGGCAUGCUCCUAGUUCAGGUUGUAGGCAGUGGAAAUAUUGUAUGCGACGACGACAUUGAAAUAUUAUGGCAAUUACCAGACCGUCCUUCACAUCAGAUUGGUACCUGCUGGGCAUUAUGACGGACCACAUUU